ACAAAACAAAACAAGAAAGAAAGAAGUCAGCAUGGCGAACACAAACUGUGCAUAUUUAACAGAACAAAAAAAGUUAGGUGCACUGUUCGCCCGUUCAAAGAAGGUAAUUGUUCCGUAAAUUACAACUGCAUGCUUUAGUUUGUUUACCUUCUCUUCAAUGAUGGCACCAAUAAAAUAAGCAAAAGAGCACUAUCAAAAAACAUAACAAUUAAAAAAUAGGAAGGUUAAACAAAGCUAUAGAUCAACAAAAGUAUUAAUAUUGCGUGUUAAAUAUAUAUAUAUAUCCUAGGGAGCAUCUUAUCUGCAGGAAUUUCUCUGUAUCGUAUCAUCAAGAUUUUAAUAUGGCAUAGGAUUUUUGGAUCCAUAGCGCUAAAUAAGCUAGCAAGUCAGCUGCCAGAAUGGACAAAGACAGUAAAAAAAUUGAAGAACAAGAUGAUGAUGACGAUGAUGAUAGUGGAUGGGAUACUGAUUUAGAUACUGAUGAGGUGGAAGAGGUGUCACACAGUUUGCAUAGAACAAACAAAGAAAUAUACAUUGCAGCUUGUAAAGAAUAUGGAGUCAUUCCAGCCUCUUAUUUUUUGAGAAAUAUGGAGAAUGUCAGAUUAAACAUGGCACAUCAUGGGUUUAGCAUAAAGGGCAUUAAGGCAUUGUCGGUGGCAUUGAUAACAAACACUCAUUUAACAGCCUUGGACUUGUCUGACAAUGGGUUGGGUUCUGAAGGUGUUUACGAUUUAUGUCAAAUGUUGCUGGAGAAUUGUUACAUUACCGAGUUAGAUAUAUCAGAAAACAAUAUUGGAAUUGAAGGUGUUGAAUACAUAUGUGGAAUUCUUGACCAGACUGAUACAUUAAAAAGACUUUCGCUACAGGGUAAUUCCCUUGACACAAAAAGUUCUAUUAUUAUUUGUGAAGUUUUGGAGCAUAAUACAAGCCUGCGCUAUCUUAAUGUCAGUCAUAACUUAUUUGGAGAGGAAGCUGGAUUGCAUUUUAGAACUGCAAUAGCAAUGAACGAAUAUCUUGAAGAGAUUGAUUUGAGUUGGAAUCAUCUGCGUCAAAAAGGUGCUUGUGCGAUUGCAAAGUCAUUGAAAGAAAAUACCACUUUGAAGAAUCUUAACUUAUCCUGGAAUGGUUUCGGAGACGAUGGUAUAUAUGUACUUUCGGAAUCGUUGAAACAUAAUACUUCACUCCAACAGCUUAAUAUUAGUUCGAAUCGCAUCACACACCUUGGUGCAUUGCACUUACAGAAAUGUUUAGCUGUUAAUGAGGGACUUAUUGUAUUAAAGGUUGGUCAAAAUCCACUUCAACAUGGAGCAAUUUGCGUAUUACAAGGUGUUAAAGCCAAUGCCAAUACAUUGUUGGCUGAAGUUGACCUGUCGGAUGUACAAGUUACAAGGGAAUUCAUGGACUUAUCAAAAAAGUUAUGCGAAGGAAACGAAGAGCUUCGCAUUUAUCACGGCGGUUUGGGUGGUUCUCCACAAAAAGCAUCAGAGCGUCCAAAACCCAUGAAAGUUCUUCGGGACUACAUCAAAGGAAACCAAAUGCGUGUGUUUGACUUGUUUAAAAAGUUAGACAAGGACAAGAGUAUGAGUAUUUCCAUACCAGAAUUUGUUCAAGGCUUAAGAGACACUGGUGUUCCCUUGAGACAUGAUGAAUUGUUUCAAUUGGUAAAGUCCUUAGACUUAGAUGGUGAUGGUGAAAUCAAUUACAAAGAAUUCCUAACUGGUCAUCAGGAGGUACAGAAAGAAGAAAGAGAUACAUUCUUGAAAGAUAAAGCUGAUAAAGAAAGAAGGAAAAAGCUCUCCAUGAACCUGCAACCGUCAACACCGAGUUCGGGCAGUAGAAGCCAGCGAAUAUCAGUGGUUAGUCGAGAAAACUCAAGACCUAAUUCGAGAAGUAGUUCCCGUCCAGUUUCACCUGGGCAGCACUUCAAAAACGAGGGUAGAAGAAGUAGGUCCAAUACUUCUGGAGUUGAUGAAAGCAGUUACUUAAGUAUGAACAGAAUUCCACCUUCUACAGCGCCUGCUAAGAAAAUUAGUGUAGUUGUUCGGGAAGAAAAAGCUCCUGGCACGGCUCCAAAUAAAACUGAUCGCUUGGUUUUGGAAUAGCGAUAACAGCAGAAUACCAAACAUAGGGAAUGCAUGGUUGAUGAAUUUUCGUUGCGGAGAUUUAACCAUUGAAAGAAUUAAAUGAUUAUUGUAAAGUUAUCAAUAUAACUUUUUAAACUGGCUUCCACUUGAACAAAAUUCCUCAAUUCGAUUGAUGUCAACCUGCUAUGGGCAAAAGUACGAUUGCUUUCUACUUCGAAACUCGUCUUUUCACUGUGUGAUUAACAGUAUCAGUUUUAUAGUGUUUUUAACCGUGAAUAUUUUCGUACGACCUUCAUAUAAAUGAAUUUGCAUUUGAAUUUGUGUAAAUAGGUUUAUGGUGAAAUUCAUUUAAAGAUGCAUUUUUUACUGUAACAUUGAUACAAAAAAUGAGGGGUUAUUUCAAGUGCAAAAUUUCCUUUCUCUUUUUAAGCCUUUAACCCUUUUUUUUAACCCUUUUAACGCAAGAUUUUUUCGAAGAACCCAAAAUUUCCUUUGCUUUCGCCGAAAAUCUUUCGACUUUGAACCGGAUUUCUGGACACCUGCUACUUCAAAGAUAGUAAACGUAAGCACUGGGGGUUGGGAAAUUAUAUUCUUUUUCACAUGGUCCUGUAUCUGGAUAUCUCAUAGUUGUGCGUUAAGAAACUACGACCGACGGACAGCAUGCUGCUAUUUCGCUUUAAUAGACGCCAAUUCGCAUCCUACUUUGUCUAGGGGUUAAGGAGAGAAAGUGCAUGUACCGCGGUUUAGUGUAAUUACCUAAAGUUUUUUUGGCCAAUCAAAUUUAAAAAAAUAAAAAAAUAGAAGAAUUGCAAUUUAUAUUAUAUAAAGGAUUUUUCCAAAAUUUUUCCCCAACGUUUUAAUCUUUGUUUGCAGAAAAAUAAGUAAUAUAUUAUAAAUAUUAAUUUUAUAUGUCAAUGUUUAUAUGUUUUUUAUGUUUUUUUGUAUACAUGAAAUUUCUAAAGUUUUUAUGUUGCAGGGAAACGACACGGGAAAGUUUUUUAGUUUGAGAAAAGCAAAUUACCUUAUGUUGAAUAUUUCAAUGCGCAUUUAUUUUAUUUAUCAGUUUUACAAAAACCAAUCACAUUAAUGUUAUUGACAGAUCAAAACAAAAUGUUUUUGUGUCACGUGUAAGAAUAUCCCAACAAAUAGUUUUACUAAAUGCCACAAACGCUUCUCGUAAAAUGCUCGCCAUUAUGGAUACCCUGCCAUAUUCUGUACCGACGCGUUUAAAUCUCUAGGGUAAUAAUAGAAAAAAGCCGUUCUACGGAAACACGAAAUGCGAUAUAUAAAUGACGGAUUACCGUAAAUCCACAGGCUACCGACUAGUUUGUUAUAUACGCCUGUUUAGCUAGCUAAUAAACCGUGGUCCAAUAUCACUACAUUGCUGAAGGUAUUUAAGAUUUUCUUACUAUGCUCUGUUUAAGUUUAUUAUACCAUUUCUGUAAUAUAUAAUUUUAUAUUUUUUAAUAUUUUUCACAUAACUGUACAUAAUUUCUGUAUUUUUUAUCAAUAGAAACAGAACCUUAAAAAAAA